CCCAGUCGUUGCAGUGAUACAUCCCCAAUUAGUCUUAACUGUAGUAAAAAAUCAGUGGUCUAAAUACAUACAUUCACGACUCGUAAACUUAAAUCAAUAUGAGUGGUUCAGGAAAGGGUCUCUUGGGACUUUGGCUCUAUAGGAAUGGGUCGGAAUGGGAAGUUAAAAAUGAAGCCCAACAUCACCCCAAACUUGCUGAACUCAACAUGGCGGCUCGACAGCAGACCCAGCAAUCAGAGAGCGAGAGGAUUUCAGUGAUAUUUACGUUAAGGAAUCAAGUCGGUGGACUGGUCAAAGCUCUGACUGUGUUCCAAGACCUUGGCAUCAAUGUCCUCCAUAUAGAGUCCCGUAAAUCUGUAACUGAAGUUUCCUCUUCGGACAUUUUGGUGGAUGUCGAGUGUGAUCCUCAUCGUAUGGAGCAAUUGAAAAGGAUGCUCAAACGGGAAGUUCAAGACUUCGAAGUGGUAUCAUCUCAAACUGGCGAAGAGUUUCCACCCCCGACACCGUUAUCUGCUGCUGCUAGUUUCGAUUUUGGUGAGAUGCAUUGGUUUCCUCGUAAAAUAUCUGACCUGGAUCGAGCCCAAAACGUCUUGAUGUAUGGCUCUGAGCUUGAUGCUGACCACCCCGGCUUCAAAGAUCCAGUUUACCGCAAGCGACGAGAACAAUUUGCAGCCAUUGCCAACAACUACAAGUAUGGUCAACCCAUUCCCAAAGUACAAUAUACGGACGUUGAAAUAAAGACGUGGGGCAUCGUGUUCCGUGAACUUCAUAAACUUUACCAGAAGCACGCAUGCGAGGAGUAUCUCGAGAACUGGCCCCAACUCGUCAAGUAUUGUGGCUAUCGGGAAGAUAAUUUGCCUCAGUUGGAGGACGUAAGCGCUUUCCUCAAACGUAAAACUGGAUUUCAACUGCGGCCCGUUGCGGGUUACCUUUCACCUAGGGACUUUUUAUCGGGUUUGGCGUUCAGGGUGUUUCACUGCACACAGUAUAUUCGUCACUCGUCGGAUCCCUUUUAUACCCCUGAACCUGAUUGCUGCCACGAGCUAUUAGGACAUAUGCCUUUGCUUGCCAACCCUAGCUUUGCGCAAUUUUCACAAGAACUGGGGCUCGCAUCCCUCGGCGCUUCCGACGAAGACAUCGACAAAUUGGCGACGCUGUACUUCUUCACGGUCGAGUUUGGUUUGUGUCGGCAAACUGACGGAACCUUCAGAGUCUAUGGAGCUGGUCUGCUGUCGUCUGUGGCCGAACUCCAACAUGCUCUGGUUACUCCUGACAAAAUCAAGCGCUUCGAUCCUGAAGUGACCGUCAACGAGGAAUGUAUUAUUACGUCUUAUCAAAAUGCGUAUUACUACACUGACUCAUUUGAAGAGGCGAAGGAAAAAAUGAGAGCUUUUGCUGACAGCAUACAACGACCCUUCGGCGUGCGAUACAAUCCAUACACUCAAAGCGUGGAAGUGCUCAGUAAUGCUCAGAAGAUUACUGCCUUGGUUAGAGAGCUGCGGGGCGACAUUUGCAUCGUAUCUUCAGCGAUUAAGAAAAUUUCUGCUCAGGACUCUACGCUAGAUGUUGAAACAAUUGCUAACAUGCUCCACACGGGGCUCCAGGUCCAGGAGCGGAGUCCUCAGAGCACGUCAGGCGGAAGCACGCCAACCUCAGAACGCGGCGCCUCUCCACGACAUGAGCCAAAGAAACCCGAACAGUCUGACGUUUGAAGAAAUGAUUCAUCUCUUUCCAUAACUUCGAUCGCUAAUGCUAGGUCACGCUUCUAAAUCAGGUCACUCCGACCAGCUUACUUCAUGAUAUUAAUAUAACAAUAUUAUCUACUUCCACGGUGUACUUGUAGGAUGUUGUAUCGUGUAAUUAACUCGUAGGCGGACGUAUCUAUACUUAGCUCUACGUACCUAAAGGUAUUUCAUAGUUUACUGUUACUAACAUUCAUAGUUUACGUCAGAGUUGUCUGUAACACUAUGCUUGUGUUUGUCUAAAUACGUUAGUAAAUAGUUCAUUAUUUGCUUUGUGCGUGUAUCACAAAUAAAGUUAU